UCUUUUCUCCACAAAAGAAAAAUAGAUGACAAACUGAAUUUUUAGAAGUUAAGGUGGUAUGCCCUAGUUUGAUGAAAAUGGACGUUGAAUUUUUCAUCAGCAUAGUACCAUCCUGUCAAUCGAGAAACACAAACACGUCACGAAAUCCCAGAUGUAGAAUAUGGGACUAUAAAAUAGAUAUGAGAUCAUUUUGUAGAUAUUCUAAGGGUUUUUUGUAUUUUGUCAGGGAUUUUGUGCAGAUGGGGUGUUGGCUUCUGCUUACACCCGAGGACGUCGGAUCACAAGCAGCGAGGCUAUCACACGGAGGCAUAUCCAGUGACCGACAAGUGGGAAGUGGAAACAAGUUGCUGGUCUGCCUCGCCCAACUCAAAACAUUUCUGUAUUUUCGUCUAAUGUUUGCUGAUAUUCACGAACUAAAAUUCAGUCUUCAACAAAACAGCAUCGGCUUAAGUCAAAACUUAAGCUGAAGCACAAAGGCCCUGCAAUCGUUUGUCACUCGGCCACCCGUUCACAUCAAAACUGUCUACUGCAGAAUGUCCAUGUCAGGAAGUGUCAUGACAAAUGCAGCAAUAGAUGCAGCUCUCGACAAUUUAGGAAUGCUCAGCACUAGUAUUGUCAACAGACCUCAAGUUGUCGAUGAACAGAUACCAAGACUUGCUGCUCUUUCCAUCGAUGAUAUAUUGAAAAACCCUGAAAUGGGCUCAAGAGCAGUUUCAAGUUCUGCAAAGCACAAAUUUAUCAUACAAAAAGGUUUUGCUGUUAGUGCAAAACAGAUUGCAUGCAAACCAAUGCGGAAACGUGUUUAUAGCGUGUCAUCUGCUUUUGAAAAGAAAUUCCUAGAAAAAGCUCGAGAUAGGAUGUCAAGAAUGCAUCCUUAUGGACCCAUACAAUCAUAUGGGAACAUGCAAAGAAGGUCCAGAACAAGGAGCGAGAAUGAAUCAGAAUUGCCAGAUCAUUUGCCUCAUUGCUCAUCACAUGCUAAUAUGGAUCCAGUCCCUUUCAUAGCAUUCCCAUUAGAUGGGGAGCUAUCCAGCAAUCUCUUCAAAUCACGGUCCAUGGAGAGUAUUGAUGCUCGUACUAGUGAUGAAAGUGUUGGUACAAGUGAAAAAGACCCUAUAUUAAUAACUAAUGCAAGUUUUGCAGAAGUAGAGGCAGUUUCAGGUGGACUGCAUAGAUUAAAUGUCAGUGAAUAGUGUGUGACCCCCACGAAAUUGCUAUUAUAAGCUCUUAAUGUUUUUCCCUGAUGUGUUGUUAGUUAUUUUUGAAGGGAAAGUAAUUUAUUUUUGAGUUUAGACUUAAAUUAUUUUGUGUGAAGGAAACUGCUUCUGAGCUAUGGCUGUGUUCUUGGAUUUCAUGCUCAUAAUGCAGGUUCAAUCUGUAUUGUUUUGUCUGGAUGAGAUAUAUAUUUUCUUUUAUGAAUGAGCUUAUUCCAACUUUGUGUUCUUUUUAGUCUAUUACCCCUUAAUGUAGUUGAGUUUUGGAAGCAUCAGCUAGGUCUGUGAACUAUUUCAACCAAGCUGAUCUUGCCAUACUCAAAGUCAUGUCAAUGAUCACCGUUUCUCAUUUUACCUUUAUUUGAUUCUAUUAUACCCAUUUCCUGUUCAUGUGGGUAACAUGUAUUGGUUUCAUUUUAAUCUGAUCUAACAAGGGAAGAAAUCUAACAUAAGACUGAAGAUUUCUUAAAAUGAUCUCUAUCAGGAUUGUUUCUUUCCAUGUCUCUCAUAUUCAGUUCAAGAUGCAGCAGGUUUCUAACUUAUUUUACAGAUUUGUGUUCAUCAGCCCUAUGCUAAACUUGAGUUUAUCCAAAAUUCUGUUAUGUGUUAAUAUUGUGGUUUUGCUCAAUUAAGAAAAACAAAUUGUGUUUAUCAUGCAGGUAUUCAUGGUUUUUAUUUAAUUUUUCAAUUUUGUUUUCUUUGUAAAUGAUGUGUUAGAACUCGUUAAAAUCAGAAAUGUAAAUCUCUUUUGGUAUGAAAAUUACUAACUUUUUAUAACACUUACACCCUUAGUUCCCUUUUUUUUUCAAUUAUUUUUAGCUGUCUCUAUAUUCUUGAUAAUUUCUCUUAAAUGUUUGUUCCUGUAUCAGAUUUGAAAAUUUUAAAUCUUAGUUUUUCUGAUCCCACUAAAUUUGGCAGACAGUGAUUAUAAGGUAGACGUUGGUAUCCAAAAAUAUAUGCAAGAGAGGCAAUCAUGGAAGCAGUUUAUCUGGUCCAUGUUAAUAUUAUUGCCGACAUUUCCUAAAGCUUCUGAUCAAUCAACACAUUUCUUGGCUUGUCUGAACUAAGCUGAGUCAUGUAUUUUGUAGAUCAAAUCAAAAUGGUGAUCUCAAAACUUUCUUUGAGUAGUGUUUGUUUCAAUUUCAAUUUUCCGUGCAUCACAGAAAGGUGUUGGAAUGUUAUUUAACCCUGUUGCGAGGUGUAUAAUAAUUAUUAUGUAGGUUUGCUCAAGCUGUGUAUUAUUAUUCUUGGUUUGAUAUACUUGCAGAAAGUCUGAUAGUAUUAACUAUUGCUUGUAUGCUCUUUGCCACUUUCCUGCAAGACUUUUGUUUCUUUAUUUGCGUUAUAUGCCUUUUGUACGUCCACCUUGUUUGGCAUGCACCUCUCCUAUAUUUGAGUAGUAGCCUUGUAGAAGGCUCUAUGCCACAAGAAACGGACCAUGAAUAUACACAGACUUGUAGUGAAUUGUUGACUAUUAUGUAUGAUUAGUGUGUACCUGUUUAAUCUGGCAACAUGCAGCAGAUAUUUAUUCUGUUACACCAGAUGUUUGUUAUUGUCUUUCCCAUGUGUGACCUAUGCACUACUGGAAAUCACACUCCAUGUUAGCACAAGUGUUUGAGUCUUUAUUUAUUGGUGCUGAUUUAUCAGCACAACAUCUUGUUAUUUCUUAAUACAACAUGCCUUUUAGUAUUAAGUAAAUGGAAGAAUUUUUGUGAACACCACUGCUUACAAUACUGUGUAUUUUUGCAUCACACUGACAUUUUGCGUAUAACAUGACCUAUUAUGGUGAAGAGAAUUGCUUAACUGCCAGACUAUUCCUUUUUAACUGCAAGAGCUUGAUCUGAUGUGAAUUUCAGGUUGAACUUUGAAUUAUACUGAUGCAGGUUGAAUAGGAUAGGAUAAUUAUAGAUGACUAUACAGUGUUUUCAUGGUGUAACAAACUUAUCUUUCAUUAAAAGGCAAAAGUACUGUUUUGAAAAUAAAUAUUAUCAGUUUCA